AUGUUAAAUAAAUUGAAAAAUGAAUUUGGAGAAGAAGAUUGCUAAAGAAGUAUUUAUAUAUUCAACAAUGUAGUUGGUUUGAGUAAUGGAAGUAAUAUGUUAAUUAUGAGAUUGUUAUAUAUAAUAAAAAUAUUGCAAAUAUCUCUUAAAAGAUGCCUCAAAAUUUCAAUAAUGAUCUAAUUAAUUUAUUUAUCAAACAAAUAGUAUUUCAAGUAUGUACCUAUGAGUAAGAACUCUUGGAAUUAAUUAUUUAAACAAAUCUUAUUGAGGGAAUACAUUAUAUUGUAAUUACAAAAGAACUUUUAUCCUAUUUUAUAUUAUUUCAUGGAGGCGUAAAUAUUAUAAGAAAUUUUAGAGGUAAAAGCAAAGAUAAAAAGGUUGCUGUUAAUUUAUUAAAGUAUAAAAUAUCUUAUUAUUAUUAUAAUAGUUUAAUGUUAUCAUCAUUAAAUCAAUUAGAAUUAAUAGAAUUAUUAGAGGCUAACUCACUUAAUUUAAUAAAUUCUCUUUGCAAGUUGAUGAAAAUGCUAAUCUUAGAUACCCUAAUAAUAUUGACCAUCAAAAGAACAUUUUGA